GCGGCAAAGUUUCUUAUUGUAUGUUGUUGUUUCGGGCUUUAUUUACCAUAACUCAAUUACUAAGCUUACCAUUUUUGAAAAUAACCUAACAUUACAAUUAUUGAAUACACAUUUGUCAAAUAUGGUUGUAGGCGAAGUUAGCAAGAAUUUGCCAUGGGUGGAAAAAUAUCGUCCUUCAAAAUUAGAAGAACUAAUAUCUCACGAUGAUAUUAUUAAAACAAUUAACCAAUUUAUGAGUGCAAAUCAACUGCCCCAUCUGCUGUUUUAUGGGCCCCCAGGAACGGGAAAGACAUCAACAAUAUUGGCUUGUGCAAAACAAAUGUAUACACCACAGCAAUUUAAUUCAAUGGUAUUAGAAUUAAAUGCAUCUGAUGACCGAGGUAUUGGCAUUGUGAGAGGGCAGAUACUUAACUUUGCAUCAACUAGAACUAUAUUUAAAGCUGGACCAAAACUGAUUAUUCUGGAUGAGGCUGAUGCAAUGACCAAUGAUGCACAAAAUGCUCUUAGGAGAAUCAUAGAAAAAUACACUGAAAACGUGAGGUUCUGUAUAAUUUGCAACUAUUUGGGGAAGAUAAUACCAGCGCUGCAGUCAAGAUGCACGCGUUUCCGCUUCGCACCGCUGCAGCAGAGCCAAAUAGUGCCGCGACUGCAAGAAGUGGCUAACGCUGAGGGUGUAAAAAUAUCAGAGGAUGGGAUAAAAGCUUUACUGGCGCUAUCUGGUGGUGACAUGCGGAAGGUUUUGAACACGCUGCAGAGUACAUGGCUGGCGUACCGAGACGUCACGGAAGACAACGUGUACACGUGUGUGGGCCACCCGCUGCGCUCCGACAUCAACCUCAUACUCAACUGGCUGCUCAAUGAGAACGACUUCGCUGUCUGUUUUAAGAAUAUUCAGGACCUCAAGAUUACGAAGGGUUUAGCGCUGGGUGAUAUUUUGACUGAAGUUCAUACCAUUAUUCAAAGAGCGAAAUUACCUCCAGAAGUUCUUAUCACAUUGCUAAUCAAAAUGGCGGAUGCGGAGGCGCGCCUCGCGUCGGGCUGCAGCGAGCGUAUCGAGCUAGCGGCACUGAUCGCCGCCUUCCAAGUGGCUAGAGAUCAAGUGAAAGUGGACGCAGACGCAUAAAACAACACUUUUUGUACAGGCAGCAACAGAAGUUCGUAAAAUAGUCCGACUUACUGACUGCUAUUUUUUUAGUGAUUGUAGGAAUAGGUGUUUACUAUUUGUUACCUAUACAAGUUGUCGCGUCUACUUGGUUACCUUGUAUCGCAACAGCAGUUCAUUAAAAUUAUUUGUUUGCAGUCGUUUUUAAAAUCGAUUGCGUUGACCGACUUCUGUUAUUGACCGUACCUACCUUAUUAUAAUAUUGUUUAGUUGUUAAUCUUUUUUUACAUCUAAAUAUUUUCAGACAAGUCUGAGGUUUAAAACAUGUUUCAAGUUACUGUGAGUCAACGAUGCAUGGAUCAAAAAUUAAACGAAAAUUAUGUAAUAAA